AACUGAGAGAGCAGUUCUCUUGUUGCCGUUACAAAAUUUCAGUUCCCGUUUCCCAAGUCUUUUUAUUUCUGCUUUCAUUUUGAUAUAAUUCAACCUCUUGAUUAAUUAUGAGCACAACUGAAUCAUCACAAUUUGAGCUUGUUAAUCCACCUGAAGAUGGUGUCAGCAAAGUUAUAUUUCACCCAAGUGAUCCGAAUCUCUUACUAGUAUCCUCUUGGGAUAAGACAUUACGGUUAUAUAACGUGGAAAAGAAUGAAUUAAUGAAAACAAUUGAUACAGGAGCUGUAGCCCUUGAUUGCUGUUUCGGCGAAAACAAUACUGCAUUUUACGGUGGUUUAGAUCACAAGCUAACAAAAGUAGACCUCGAAACGGGAAAGACAGAAGUUAUUGGAGAACAAAAUGGUCCAAUAAGCACCAUAUGUUAUGAAGCAGAGACAGACCGGGUAUUCGUAGGCUCUUGGGACCACACACUCUGUGUUUGGAACGCAUCUAUGAAGAAAAAAUCGCAUGAGGUUAGCGUAAAACACAAAAUAUUCAGUAUGGAUUUACGCAAUAAGAUACUCGUUGUUGCCACCAGUCAACGCAAAGUAUUUGUAUAUAAAACAGACGACAUGUCAGAAGUAUGGCAAGAGCGAGAAACUGGUUUGAAGUAUAUGUUGAGAUGCAUCCGAUUGAUGCCGAACGGAGCAGGCUUUGCUUGUUCAUCAAUUGAAGGACGUGUCGCGUUUGAAUUCUUCGAUUUAUCGCCCGAGGCGCAAUCUAAAAGAUACGCUUUCAAAACACAUAGACAUAUUGUGCAAGAUACCGAAGUUGUUUAUCCAGUUAAUACCCUUGCCUUUCAUCCGAGGUAUGGAACUUUUGCUUCUGGAGGUUCAGAUGCUGUAGUUAACAUAUGGGAUGGAGAGAAUAGAAAAAGGAUUAAAUCAAUGACAAAAUUCCCGGAUGAAAUAGCAUGUGUCAAUUUCAAUUACAAUGGUACAAAACUUGCUAUUGCCAGUAGCUAUACGUUUGAUGAAGGACAACGUGACUUUAGUAAAGUAGCAAUUUAUAUCAAGAACGUUGCGGAUCAUGAGGUUGCACCCAGAAAUCAACAAUCAAGAUAAGUAUAUUUGGAUGCUGUCGUCAUGAUCACCAUAAAAAGUACCGCUGUUAAACGAUGGAUAAACUAUUUAUUGAUGUGUAAUUGCACGCAGAGCAAACUAUCUAUCAUUAUCUCCUUGCAUUCCAGAAAGAAAAUGAAUAAAUAAAUUUGAUUUUUAUCUAUAAAGGCUCUCAUGCUUUGUGAAGGUUGUGUUUGCAGUAAAUCCUAUCUUAUCAAUCAAAAACCUCACGAGAUGCUAACCACAAAACACGAGCAUCGGCGUUUCAGGAAAAAAACGACAACAAUUAAGGUACAAAAUUGAACGCAGGGCGAGAAACGACGUUGAUUGGUUGCUUGCUGCAAAGCGUUUAUUCCACG